UUUUUUUUUUUCUAUAUGAACCUCAGUCCAGUUGACAAGUUCGAAGAGAAAGAGAAAGAGUACUACAAGCUUGUUUCAAGCUACGAAAUGGAGGUUAAUCUCGGAGACAUUCCAUUCUCAAUUUCUCUUGUUGUACUUCUCAUGUUAAUCUCCACCCUUCUGCUAUGGGCUGCUAAGAAGAGGCUCCGUGUUGCCAAGUUGAGGCUUCCGCCAGGCCCAACAAGGUGGCCGAUCGUCGGUAACGUGACACAGCUUGGCCUUCUUCCCCACAAGGACAUGGCUCGCUUCUGCUCCUCCUACGGCCCGCUUGUCUAUCUCCGCCUCGGCGCCGUCGACGCCAUCACCACCGACGAUCCGGCCGUCGUCCGCGAGAUACUCUUCCGGCAGGACGACCUCUUCGCAUCCCGCCCGAAGUUGGUGGCCGUCUUCCAGUUGAGCUUUGGCGGUAGGGACAUCGUCUUCUCUCCGAUGGGCCCGCAAUGGAAGCGACUACGCCGGACCUUCGUCGAGCACCUCCUCACCGCCAGGCGCUUUGAGUCUUUCGCUGGGAACAGGGAGCUAGAGGCGCUCCGCAUCAUGCACGAUGUGCGAGAGAAGGCGUGCAAAGGGGAAAUGAUCGAAGUGAGCCAGGUGCUCGGCGCCUUCACCAUGAACAACGUGACGAGGAUGCUCCUGGGACGUGAGCCAGGUGCUGAGCUGUUGGGCCUCACGCACGAGAUGUUCUGGCUCCUGGGGUUGGUCUAUCCAGGCGACUACCUGCCGUUAUGGAGGUGGCUCGUCGACCCCUUCGUCGGGACGGAGAAGAAGAUUAGGGAGGUUUCCCGGAGAUGGGAUGGGUUCCUGCAGAGGGUUAUCAACGAACAUCGGCAAGCCAUUGAGGCAAAGAAUCUAACAGAUGGUGGGCAUGGCGCGAACAUGGACUUUCUUGAUGUGCUGCUUUCCUUACCAGGGGAGGGAGAGAAGGAGCAGAUGGAUGUUAGGGAGAUGAAAGCCAUAAUGCUGGAUAUAUUCACAGGGGGGGCUAAUACUUCUCUGGUGGCGACAGAGUGGGCGAUGGCGGAGGCGAUCAAAAACCCAAAGGUGCUGGAACGGGCACAGGAGGAGCUGGACAGAGUCGUCGGACGGGAUCGAAUGGUGCGGGAGUCCGACUUGGGAGAUCUGAACUACCUCCGGUGCAUCCUCCGGGAGGCCUUCCGGAUGCACCCUCCAGCGCCGCUUCUGGUUCCCCACGAGUCCACGCAGGCCACCGAGCUCAUGGGGUACGACAUCCCUGCGAAGACGCGGGUGUUCAUCAACGCGCACGCGUUGGGGAGGAACAAGCGCAUGUGGGGGGACGACGCAGAUGAGUUCCGGCCGGAAAGGCACCUCCCGGCAGACGGGGAGAGGGUCGAGAUCAUCCGCAGGGGUGAGCUUGAGAUCUUACCCUUCGGCGCGGGGAAGAGGAAGUGCCCCGGAUCGACGGUGGGAACGACGACGGCACUGUUGGCCCUGGCAAAUCUCUUCCAUGGCUUCCACUGGGAGGCGCCGGAGGAAAUCGAUAUGGAAGAGGCGUUCGGCUUGGCCCUGCGCAAAGCGAAGCCGCUGCGGGCCAUGGCGCGGCCCCGUUUGGCACCUUCCCUGUUCCAGUGACCGGCGAUUGGAUGGUACGUACGUCGCUGAAAUAAAUAAAUGUAAAACCAUGAAAAACGAAUUACUAUUUACUUUGAGAUAAAUAAACCAUAGGAUGGCUUAAGCAGAAGUGGCUACUGGUUAUAAGUGCAGUUAUGUCUUAACUAUCCUACUGUCCAUAGGAGACAGAAGUGCUCGUACUCGUGCUAAAUAAGAAUUUCAUGUUCUAAGCAACUUCACUAUUUUAACUCUUUGUACAAACAUAACUCAAGAAUGUUGAGUUUUUGGAUCAUCUAUCAUAAGCAUUUUUUAUUUAA